AUGAACUUCGCACCCUAUCAAGACGAGUCCCCUGAGAUUGAGAGGGCGCUGUCCCCUCCACACACAGAUAUCAGAAACAAGUCUCCGAACCUCCGAUCGCCGAGAGCUUCCACUGACCUCCCGUCCCCAAGCCACUUCGGAGGCGGACAUGGGAACACCGGGUUUGGGCGAGAUAUUGAGGGGGGACAUGUGAGCCUGGGGGCAUUUGAGACAAGUCUCCCUAUUCGUAUGGACAUUGAAGCUGCGCUGGCGUACUUGCUUCUCCCUCCUGCCGGAGGUGUGUUCUUGUUGCUGGCGGAACACAAGAGUGACUACGUGAGAUUCCAUGCUUGGCAAUCUAGCAUGCUCUUUGCCGUUCUUUUCAUCAUUCACCUCUUAUUCUCCUGGUCUUCAUUUCUGUCCUGGACCCUAUUCAUUAUCGAUCUCGCUUUGAUGGGUUAUCUUAGUAUGCGGGCCUAUCGCGAUGUGGACACUUUGGACCACUUCGAGGUUCCCUAUUUCGGUCCCCUGGCCAAUUCAUUUGUUGAUGAUGAGUGA